GUAAUCGGUGCUGGAUUUGUGAUUUUGGGUCCCAUUACAAAAGGCUUUUACACUAAUUCAUACAAUAUGCUGGGAUUGGUUGAAGAUUAUGAGCGGUUAGAUGAGGCUGUCGGCACAAUGGAGGAUUUUCGUGUCUUUUUAAAAACAUUUCAUAAGAAGGGCGUUAAAGUUGUCGUGACAUUCAACUUCAAUGCCAUAUCCAUUAAUCAUAAGUGGAUUGGAGAAAACAAAGUCAAGCUGAAGUCAUUCGAAGAUCCCUACAACAAUAAGAUAUCACGUUAUGGAAAAGCAAUCGAUGUAGAUAUCGAUGGCAAGAAAUACUAUUCGGUUUUUGGAUCACCUAAUGUUGAUCUAGAUUUGACUGAUCCCGAUACUCAGAAACAGAUAAUUAAUGUGAUCAACAUGUGGAUGAAAGAAGGAAUUGAUGGAAUUCUUCUGGAUAAUGCUGCCUUUUUCGUUGAGGAAGAAGAAAAUGUGCAAAGAAAACCGAAUUCCAUGUGGAACAUGAAUUGUCAGAAUUCUCAAAUGUACAGAAACGGAAGUGUGACAUUUGUCAAGGCUAUUAAACAGGAAAUAGACAAGUGGACUAAUGAAAGUGGGAAAUUUAAAUUGCUGGCUGUAAGCUCUGGUGAAACCGGUUGUGGUGUGUAUGAUGAUCCGGAUCCGAUGUUGAUGUUCAGAAAUGUGACCGAUAUGAUAAUCAGUCGCGAAUGGUUGUUCGAUAGAGGUGGACCUUUUAGUUUAAUAACUCCACAAAAACAAAACAUCGAAAAGUUUUAUUCAUAUCCAACCUCUGAUAGGGAGAAACUUGGUUUGACGACAUCUACUACUGAAACUCCAUCAUAUUUCGAGAUUUUCACGCUUGCACCAACAUUAUUAUUACCAGGAAUACCAAUCAUUUAUUAUGGAACUGAGAUUGGCUUCACAACCUUUGAUAUUCAUCGACUUCCAAAGGAGAUUUAUCCGAAAGGGAAGAUUUACAAUGAUCGCGACGAAACGCUCUAUACACUUUCUCAUUCGCCAAUGCCAUGGGAUAGAACAGGGAGAAGAUUUUCGGCGAAUAUCAAUGAAACCAUUUUUAUUGAAUAUUUGAAGGAUAUAAAAUGGUUGUCUGUUGUUGAAGAUCAACUUGCUGAGGGAAACAAUCAGUCAUUCCUUCAUCUAGUAAGGAAAUUGGUGGCUUUGCGUCAGAAUCCUAGUAUAAAAUGGGGAACAAUGGAGCUGAUUGACAUUGCUGACAAAUCUCGAGACAGUAUUGAAGCAUUUGUAAGAAAGGCGAAUGGAUUUCCUACGUUCAUCAUUGUAAUAAUAACUCUUAUAGGGAGGAAUUAUUCCUUGGAUUUAACUCCUGUUUGUUCAUCAGUUACACCAAGAAUAAUUUAUCCCUCGUUAUCUUAUUUGCAGGUUGAUAUUCCAAUAUUAAAUUCAAAAAUUAAUUUAUCAAAACCACAAACAGCCCAUCAUGUUUUAGUGUUUGAAUGUAACUCAACGAAUCCUCAUUCAAUCAUUAAACCACAAUCAACAAAAGAAACUGAUUCAUAACUGACGACUGUUUUUUUUAUUUUUACGUUGAUUAGCAUUCUUAUAUAACUUUCAUUUCAAGUUGUUUGCAGUGUGUAACUAAUCAUUUUUUUUGAAAAAAGCUCUUAAAUGCCUAAAAAUUAUGUAUUUUAAUGUCAAUUUAUUUGUAAUUACAGAUUGACGAAAUAUUGUUUGUUCGAAGUUUAAUCGUUAGUACUUAUUGUAGAAUCCUUUUUGAAUGUUUUGUUUUU